AUGACCUUCUCCUGCACCAGCCGACCCAACAGAAGUCCAGCCACAGACACCCAAUUUUCCGCAAGAAUUCCAGCCAAGGGAUGGAAAUCGUUGGGACGCCACUUGCUCCUGCUUUCGACAUUCUCCGUUCUCGGAGGCCUUUCCGACAGACCCUGUGAACAUGAGCAGAUUGAGUGCAAGACGAAGGGCAUUUGUGUCAAGAUGAGUGAGGUUUGCAACGGCCGAGCUGAUUGCGGCGACGGAUCGGAUGAGAACCCGGCUCUGUGCAAGAUUUGGAAAUUCUUGAAUUUCGACUGCAAUGCUGUUCGUCCAGACUGCCGUUAUGGGUACUGUGAAUUUUCAUUCAGUGCAUAUUGUAGCUACUGUGCUGACCGUGUGGACCCCAAGGCUUGCGAGAUGGUGAACAAAAGGCGAAUAAAUAUCUUCGAUGAUAACAUGGAACUGUCCGAAGGUACUGUAGAUUUACUGACGACGGCUGUUAACGCAACACUGACUUCCAAAUCGGGUUGUCCCAUGCUCUACGAACGUAUUGGAAAUCACUGCCUGGCGUUCUUCUCUCUUUCGAAGGUGCCGUGGCCGGAAGCGAGGCAGUUCUGCAAGUCCAUAUUCGGUGACCUUGUGACCUUGGACAACAUAGAAGAUUUCGUGCAAGUAAUACAACAUAUGAAAACUUCCCUAUUUACGACCGAUUUCUGGAUCGGCGGCAGAUACGACAUGGAUGUGAAUUCGUGGGCGUGGGUUGCUGGAGAAGCGCCCAUGCCUCUGGGUUCUCCCUACUGGGGCGAAAAGUACAUUACCCCGUGUGUUCCUCGGUCGCCUCCUCACACAGACCCCUUCAGUGAUCCCCCGAGUGCUUUGCCUGAAGCCCCAUGCUAUUACUACGUCCAGUCACCCCAGCAGCGCCAGCAGGGAUGGUGCAGUGCCAUGACCUACGAACACCACUACUACAUCACGGACGAGGAGUGCCAACGUUCUUGCAGCCCCCUGUGCGUUCUUACUCAUAUGCCACAUGAGUAGGGGACUUUGAAAUAGAUCUUAAGGUGUUACUCGUGGGUUACAGAAUUAUUUUUUUCUUUAGAUAUAGUUAUUCUUACAUUUGGCUAUGCCUCUGAGAGCUAUGCUGGGCCAGUUACUGUCUUUAAAACGAAUAUGUUUGAAAUACAUGUUGAGUACAUA